CGAGGCUGUGGGGUAGGUUGUUGCUUGUUGGUCGGGGCGCGGCGCGGCUCAGUCCUGUAUACUGCCUUGCCGCGGUGAUGCACUUCUUGUAUCGAGAAUUACAUAUACAAAGUGUUGAUAAUUAUGAAUAAACUGGUAUGCAGCCAGCAUGAUGGAAGUAGUCGUGCACUCAUUAAUUAAAGGUGCAGCAGCUGGCGUCUUUCAUCAAGCUUUGCUGGUAUGGAAAGGCGACCACUAACAAAACUGAGCGAUGCUAUCCUGGCAAGUCUACUCAUCUACAGUACAAUGAUCAACGAGGUUCUCAAAAUUAUUAAGCGAAUCGGCAAUUUCGUGAUUGUCAAGAACAGUGCAACUGGUGGGUGGAAGCAGAGAGAGAGGUGGGGGGAGUCACCACCAGUGAGCAGAGGGCUGCUUGGCUGGCCGCUGAAGCUUACCAGGAUGAGUUCCUCCAUGAAGGAGCCCCAAACAAUAUACCAACACGCCACAGUAGUUAAAUGUUUCUAAUAACAAUGACGCAAACCGAUGCAGAAUACUGUGGACUGUGUGUUGUAAACAAUUAUGAGCUCAUCCCGCCAGCCAGCGUCCCGACCCGCGCUCAGCCGCUCACCACAGCUACAUGAAAUUGAUAAAUCGGUAGGCUCGUGGUGUGAAGGUGGCGCCUGGGCCCUGGCGGCCAGCGCAGAAAUCUCUCAAAACAAACUGGCACUGUGGCAGCUGGCAGGCUGGGGGUGGGCUGGCAUGGCGUGCCACCGAGGUGAAGGCAUCGCAUUGACUCAAAACUCCGGACAAUUUUGAGUACCUUGUGAGCCUCGGGAGGGUCGGGGCUCGGAGAGUUCAGCAACACCAGCAGGCGGCGAGACACUGAACUCCACAUCCAGCAAGACUAGGCCAGAGUCAGCCACUCCAGCCAGCUUCCCCAAGGGUUCCUGCAGGAUCAGCCGUGGCAUGUGCUGCUGGGAGCAGUGCUGUAGUGGAGGGGGGAGGCUAGGUAGCAGCAUGAGUAAACAGCAGCAACAGCAGUUUGCCUCAGGAGUGGGGAGGCAUAGGCAUGGUGGCAGCAAUCACCUCAAGGCAGGCAGCUCUGUCCACAGAGGAGGGAGCAAGUUUGUGUGUCAGCAGUGUAAUAAAACUUUUACAAGCAAACAAGGGCUUAAGAACCACACCUUGAUACAUAGUAGUGUUAGAAACUAUGAGUGUUUAGAAUGUGGAAAGACAUUUACCUUAAAGUCUUACCUCACCUCCCACAUCCUGACACAGUGUGGUAGUAUUAGAAACUAUGAAUGUUUAGAAUGUGGAAAGAGGUUUAUCCAAAAGUCUACCCUCACCAAACACACCUUAACACACAGUGGUGUUAGAAACUAUGAGUGCUUAGAAUGUGGACAGAAAUUUACCUUAAAAUCUAGCCUCACAAGACACACCCUGACACACUGUGGUAGUAUUAAAAAUUAUGAAUGUUUAGAAUGUGGAAAGAAGUUUACCCAAAAGUUUAACCUCACCACACACAUGCUGACACACAGUGGUGUUAAAAACUAUGAGUGCUUAGAAUGUGGUCAGAAAUUUACCUUGAAAUCUAGCCUCACAAGGCACACCCAGAAACACAGUGGUAGUAUUAAAAUUUAUGAAUGUUUAGAAUGUGGAAAGAAAUUUACCCGAAAGUGUAACUUAACUGCACACAUCUUGACACACAGUGGUGUUAAAAAUUAUAAGUGUUUAGAAUGUGGAAAGAAAUUUAUCCAAAAGUCUCACCUCACCACACAUACUCUGACUCACAGUGGUGUUAAAAAUCAUGAGUGUUUAGAAUGUGGAAAGAAAUUUGCUAGAAAGUCUUUCCUCACCACACACACCCUGACUCACAGUGGUAUUAAAAAUCAUGAGUGUGAAGAGUGUGGCAAAAGAUUUCUUACCAUGUCUGAGCUCAAUGUACAUGCCUUCAGACACACUGGCUUGAGGGAGUUCAAGUGUGAUGUUUGUGGGAAGUGUUUCAAGACAAAGCGUGACAUUGCCAAACAUGUGAUGAUCCACCUUUGAAGUGGUGUGUUGUGUGGAGCAGUGCAGUCACACCCAUGUCUGAGGGAGUGGGUGGUGUGUCAACAUAUGUUCAUUAUACUCGUGUAAUAUAUAGCUAUUGUCAUUAUUCAGUCAUUUAUUACCAUCACCAUCAUACUGUGACUGUUCCUACAUGUCACCACCAUCACCAUCAUCAUUAUUAUUGUUCCUACUUAGCAUAUAACUCAUCACCACCAUUCACUGUCAUCACCACAAGCAUUAUUGUUGUUGCUGCCGCCACCACCAUCACCAUCAUUGUGUUUGGUGGGAUAGGAGGAAUCAUCAUGCAAACUUAAUGCCUUAAUAAUGUUACCAUGAUUACACACACACACUCACACACACUCACAUAACAGGUUGCCAUAGUUUUAAGGAAGCUUUCAAAUAUUGAUGUCUUGAAUUUUUAUAGACCUUUCUGUUUGUGUGUGUGACGAAUAUUUUGUUAUUUUUUUUUUUUUUUUUUUUUUUUUUUUUCCUCUUGCAGCAUUACAAUCCAGAUGCCUGCAAUGUAAUAUAUAAUUAAAAAGAAGACUUGC